ACGAGGUGCACCGAUUCACAUGGCUAUCGUCUCGUUAAAUAACGUUGACGUUUUGUGGUAGUUUUAAAAAUAUCAGUGCAAUAAAUAGACAAUAUAUUUAUUUGUAUAUUGCACCAUGAAAUCAGUACAAUGAUUUGCUGUUUUCUCAUAUGACGGCUUUGAUGAAGUCUGUGAAAAGCUGCGUGCUGUCAUUGGGCAUUCAGUGAGGAGGUCACUGCUUAUUUUCAUUCCAGUAUGUCUGAGAUGACAGAAUCAGAUCUGUCCACAGAGUCUUAUAAGCAGGGAUCAUCCGGUGAAGGUUCUUUUAAAAAAAGACUCGGUAUUAUUGCAACUUGUGCCGUGGGAGGCUCGUUGGUGGCUCUGUAUGCGGUGACCGGUCCGUUUGUUGCACCAGCACUGAGGAAAGUUUGUCUUCCGUUCGUACCUGCAACCGGGACACAGUUAGAAAAUGUUUUCGGUGUUUUAAAAGGUAGAUCGGGGUCCCUGGUGGAUAUUGGAAGCGGAGAUGGACGGAUAGUUAUUGCUGCUGCAAAAAGAGGCUUUAAGGCAGUUGGCUUUGAAUUGAACCCAUGGCUGGUGUUGUACUCCCGUUACAAAGCCUGGAGGGAAGGUGUUCAUCACAGCACAUCUUUUUAUAUUUCAGACCUUUGGAAGGUCAGUUUUUCAGAGUACACCAACGUGGUCAUCUUUGGAGUUCCUCAAAUGAUGGAGCUGCUUGAAGUCAAACUCCAAACAGAGCUCCAGAGUUCAGCCAAAGUAGUAGCUUGUCGCUUUCCUUUUCCCACAUGGACUCCUAAUGAUGUAGCUGGAGAAGGAAUUGACACUGUGUGGGUCUAUAAUGCCAAAACAUUCAAACUUCCCAGAAAUGGUAAAGACAGUGAAAGACAAGAGGUGCCACUUCACCAGCAGUGAACUACCACAACAGUUGCUUCUUUCUUCAAAACCUUUGUCUGUCAUGUAAGCUUGUAACAUUCAAUUUUGCAUUUAAAAUUCAAUGUCCUUUGUUUUAAUAUAAUAUUCCUUAUUAAAAAGUUUUGGGGGGAAUUUGUAUUUCAGAAUUAAAUAGAUUUAGUAUAUUUUAUCAUAAUCUAAGAGAUGUAUUAUGUGAUAUUUAAAUAAGGAUGACAUAGACUUGUCUAUUCAACAUGACAACAUCCUUAUUCUAACCUGUACUUAUUAAAAACUGAUCGAAGAUGCAUCAUUUUGCUGAUAACUUGUGUAACCUGAUUGGUUGAAAGAUGGCAGCAAAGAAUAAAAGUAAGUAAUUACAAUGAAUAAGUUUGGGAUAUAAAGCCCUCAAUAGUCACAGUUAAAUGGAGAGCUGAUUUUUUGUUGUUUUGAGUCUGUUUUUGGUCCUGGACAUUAGUUCAGUUACAUGGCAGUAUGGAUUCUACUAAAAACCAACCAACCAAAAAAAAACAACAACAACCUGACUGAUUCUGUUGGAAUUCUUAUAAUAGGCUAUGGUUGGAUCAUCUAGAAAGACAAUGAUCCAAAACAAACAUUAAAAUCGACAACAAAAAAUGGGUCACAGCACAGAAGCCAUGCCAUCUAAGUCUGCUGACCUUUAACUCUACAUAAAACGAGUGGGUGAAUUGAGGAGGAAAGAGCACCAAUGUGGACCAGAGAACCUAAAAAUCAUGCAGCGAUUGAAAAAUUGUCCAUGACCUCUUUUCAGGUUUUCCACAAAAAGUUCGGUCAUGUCAGAAAAUCAAGACUGCAAAACUGAAUGAAUAAGCGGGUAUCAAUAAUUUUGGACAACAUAUACAGUUGAAGGCAAAAUUCUAUAAUAUAGCACUAUAAUAUCCAAGUUUCCCAGUGAUGGGAUGCAGCUGGAAGGGCAUCCACUGUGUAAAACAUAUGCUGGAUAAGUUGCUGGUUCAUUCUGCUGUGGCAUGUAUAAUUAAUAAAGGGACUAAGCCGAAAAUGAUUGAAUGAA